ACAUGCUAUGCUGGUACCCAGGUUUAUAACAAGGCAUUUUAAAAAGGUUGAUUCUCUUCUUUCUCAACCAACAGGUUCGCCAUAAAAUGACACAGAAGGUUUAUGCAAUGAAGCUACUUAGUAAAUUUGAAAUGAUCAAGAGAUCAGAUUCAGCCUUUUUCUGGGAAGAAAGAGAUAUCAUGGCCUUUGCCAACAGCCCAUGGGUGGUUCAGCUAUUUUGUGCCUUUCAAGAUGACAAAUAUUUGUACAUGGUAAUGGAAUACAUGCCUGGUGGAGAUCUUGUAAACCUUAUGAGCAAUUAUGAUGUGCCUGAAAAAUGGGCCAAGUUCUACACAGCUGAAGUUGUUCUUGCUCUUGAUGCAAUUCACUCCAUGGGCUUGAUACACAGAGAUGUGAAGCCUGACAAUAUGCUUUUAGAUAAGUAUGGGCAUCUGAAGCUGGCAGAUUUUGGCACUUGCAUGAAAAUGGAUGAAACAGGAAUGGUGCGCUGCGACACAGCCGUGGGGACUCCUGACUACAUCUCGCCCGAAGUCCUGAAAUCGCAGGGGGGUGAUGGUUACUAUGGACGGGAAUGUGACUGGUGGUCUGUAGGGGUUUUCCUUUUUGAGAUGUUAGUUGGUGAUACUCCUUUUUAUGCAGACUCACUAGUAGGAACGUAUAGUAAAAUUAUGGAUCAUAAGAACUCAUUGCAUUUCCCAGAUGAUGUGGAAAUCUCUAAGCAUGCAAAGAACCUUAUCUGUGCCUUUUUAACUGAUAGGGAUGUACGACUUGGGAGAAAUGGAGUAGAAGAAAUAAAGCAUCACCCGUUCUUCAGAAGUGAUCAGUGGAACUGGGACAACAUUCGAGAGACUGCUGCUCCUGUUGUUCCUGAGCUUAGCAGUGAUAUAGAUAGCAGUAAUUUUGAUGACAUUGAGGACGACAAGGGAGACGUGGAAACCUUUCCAAUCCCCAAAGCCUUUGUGGGAAACCAGCUGCCUUUCAUAGGAUUUACCUACUACAGAGAUAAUUUGUUGCUAAGUGACUCCUCUCAGUCUUGCAGAGAAAACGAAUCUGUGCAAUCUAGUAAAAAUGAGAAAAUGCUAUCCAAAUACAUCUGCUCCAGUGGAAAGUCUCUGGCUACAGAGCACAGCAAAGGGCCGUUUCAGAAAAAAAUAAGCAAGCUAGAAGAACAGCUCAGUAAUGAAUUACAAGCCAAAGAUGAACUAGAACAGAAGUACAGGUCUACAAGUGUUCGUUUAGAGAAGAUAGCAAAAGAGCUUGAUGAAGAGAUAACUUCAAGGAAGAAUGUAGAAUCUGCAGUCAGGCAGUUAGAGAGAGAGAAGGCUCUUCUUCAGCAUAAGAAUACAGAAUACCAGAGGAAAGCAGAGCAUGAAGCAGAUAAGAAACGCAAUUUGGAAAAUGAGGUUAACAGUUUGAAAGACCAACUUGAAGAUUUAAAAAAGAGGAAUCAGAAUUCUCAAAUAUCCAAUGAAAAAAUCAACCAACUACAAAGACAGUUGGAUGAAGCCAAUUCUUUGCUGCGGUCAGAGUCUGAUACUGCAGCCAGGUUAAGGAAGAACCAAACAGAAAGCACAAAGCAAAUCCAGCAGCUGGAAAUUAAUAAUAGAGAGCUACAAGAUAAGAACUGCCUGCUAGAGAAUGCAAAACUCAAACUGGAGAAGGAGUAUCUCAAUCUUCAGUCAGCUCUAGAAUCAGAAAGGAGAGAUCGAAGUCAUGGAUCAGAAAUUAUCAGUGAUUUACAAGGUCGAAUAACCAGCCUUGAAGAAGAAGUGAAAAAUGGAAAGAGUGCAUUAGCCAAACUGGAAAUGGAGAAAAGACAAUUGCAGGAAAAGCUCACAGAUUUAGAAAAGGAAAAGAGCAACAUGGAAAUAGAUAUGACAUAUAAAUUUAAAGUUAUGCAGCAGAACCUUGAACAAGAAGAAGCUGAACAUAAAGCCACAAAAGCACGAUUAGCAGACAAAAAUAAGAUUUAUGAGUCUAUAGAGGAAGCAAAAUCUGAAGCCAUGAAAGAAAUGGAAAAGAAGCUUUUGGAAGAGAGAGCUUUAAAGCAGAAAGUAGAAAAUCGGCUGUUGGAAGCUGAGAAGCAGCGCUCCAUGUUGGACUGUGAUCUCAAACAAUCGCAACAGAAAAUCAACGAGCUCCUUCGGCAAAAGGAUAUACUAAGUGAAGAUGUAAAAAACUUGACAUUAAAAAUAGAGCAAGAAACACAAAAGCGUUGUCUCACUCAAAAUGACCUCAAGAUGCAAACACAGCAGGUCAACACCUUGAAAAUGUCAGAGAAGCAGUUAAAACAGGAGAACAAUCACCUUCAGGAAAUCAAAUUAAGUCUGGAAAAACAAAACAAUGAACUCCGCAAGGAACGUCAAGAUGCAGAUGGACAAAUGAAAGAGCUUCAAGACCAGCUCGAAGCUGAACAGUAUUUCUCAACUCUCUAUAAGACACAAGUUCGAGAACUUAAAGAGGAAUGUGAGGAAAAGACCAAAAUGUGUAAGGAAAUGCAGCAAAAGAUACAAGAGUUACAGGAUGAGAGAGAUUCCUUGGCUGCUCAGCUAGAGAUUACUUUGACAAAAGCAGAUUCAGAACAGCUUGCCCGUUCCAUUGCUGAAGAGCAGUACUCUGAUUUGGAAAAAGAGAAGAUUAUGAAAGAGCUGGAGAUUAAAGAGAUGAUGGCAAGGCAUAAACAGGAACUUACUGAGAAAGAUGCCACCAUAGCCUCGUUGGAGGAAGCAAAUAGGACACUAACCAGUGAUGUGGCUAACCUUGCUAAUGAGAAAGAAGAACUAAAUAAUAAACUGAAGGAAGCACAAGAACAAAUUACAAAGCUAAAAGAAGAAGAAGCAAAUGUAGGAAAUAUUAAAGCACAAUUUGAGAAACAGUUGUUGAAUGAAAGAACAUUAAAAACGCAGGCUGUGAAUAAAUUGGCUGAAAUCAUGAAUCGGAAAGGUCCAGUCAAACGUGGAGCUGACACUGAUGUACGGCGGAAGGAGAAGGAAAAUAGGAAGCUGCAUAUGGAGCUGAAGUCUGAACGAGAAAAGUUAACUCAGAUGAUGAUCAAAUAUCAGAAGGAAAUAAAUGAAAUGCAGGCACAAAUAGCAGAAGAGAGUCAGAUACGGAUUGAACUGCAGAUGACUCUGGACAGCAAAGAUAGUGACAUUGAACAGCUUCGUUCCCAGCUGCAGUCACUGCACAUUGGGCUGGACAACAGUAGCAUAGGCAGUGGACCUGGAGAGGCUGAGGCAGAUGAUGGAUUCCCUGAAUCAAGAUUGGAAGGCUGGCUAUCAAUGCCUGUUAGAAAUAACACUAAAAAAUUUGGAUGGGUUAAAAAGUAUGUAAUUGUAAGCAGCAAGAAGAUCCUGUUCUAUGACAGUGAACAAGACAAAGAACAAUCUAAUCCCCAUAUGGUAUUGGAUAUAGACAAACUCUUCCACGUCCGACCAGUCACUCAGACAGAUGUGUACAGAGCAGAUUCCAAGGAAAUUCCUAGGAUAUUCCAGAUCCUAUAUGCUAAUGAAGGAGAGAGCAAAAAGGAACAGGAAUUUCCUGUAGAGCCCAUGGGAGAGAAGUCAAAUUACAUUUGUCACAAAGGACAUGAGUUUAUACCUACUCUUUACCAUUUCCCAACCAAUUGUGAAGCUUGUAUGAAGCCACUGUGGCACAUGUUUAAACCUCCUCCUGCUCUUGAGUGUCGCCGCUGCCAUAUCAAAUGUCACAAAGAUCACAUGGAUAAAAAGGAAGAGAUUAUAGCGCCUUGCAAAGUGUACUAUGAUAUUUCUACGGCGAAGAAUCUACUACUGUUAGCGAAUUCUACAGAAGAGCAGCAAAAAUGGGUGAGCCGACUGGUGAAAAAAAUACCCAAGAAGCCUCCAGCACCAGACCCCUUUGCUCGAUCUUCUCCCAGAACUUCCAUGAAGGUACAGCCAAACCAAUCCAUCAGACGACCAAGUCGACAGCUUCCUCCAAACAAACCAAGCUAACUGCUUUCCGUGAAUGCAGACACAGUCAAGGUGAUAAUUUUCUUCCUGUUACAGCAAGACUGAAACAUAUCUCAAAAUAUAUUAAAAAUAUAUAUUUUCCUGAGAGAUUGUGCUAUAUAUAUCAGAGUUUACAUUUUUGCUGCAAUAUAAAUUACUAAUCUCUGAGG